GAGCUUGGCGCCACGAUGCACCGGGUAAAGAGUGGGAGGAGAACGACAGGACAAAUGAGGGACUCUCAGACCAUGCUGGAAGAGGGGCGAGUGGGGGAACAGAGGGAGAGCAAAGGGGCCACCAUGGCGUGGGUCAGGAACGAGGUCGUCCGCGUGGGGCUAGCCGAGACCCUCGGCACAUUCGUUAUGAUGGUGUUCGGGCUGGGCUCAGUGGCUCAGGUGGUCACUGGGACAGGAGCAUUUGGGGAGUUCCUGAGCAUCAACCUAGGUUUUGGGCUAGGUGUGGCUAUGGGUGUGCAUGUCGCUGGCAAAGUUUCAGGUGCUCACAUGAAUGCAGCGGUCUCCUUUACUAUGUGUGUCUUUGGACGUCUGAAGUGGACGAUGCUGCCCUUGUAUAUCGCAUCCCAGUUCCUGGGAUCUUUUCUAGCGGCUGGAACAGUCUUUUCCCUCUACUAUGAUGCCAUUUAUCACUACAGUGGGGGAAACUUCACGGUGACUGGCCCUAAAGCAACAGCUGGGAUUUUUGCCACCUACCCGGCCCCAUACCUCUCUCUCCAUGCUGGCUUCCUAGACCAGGUGCUGGGCACUGCCAUGCUGCUGCUUUGCCUGAUGGCCCUGUCAGAUCAGCGAAACCAGCCUGCACCGAUCGGUAGUGAACCUCUGGCUGCCGGCCUCCUGGUCAUCCUGAUUGGUAUCUCUUUGGGCAGUAACAGCGGCUAUGCCAUCAAUCCCACGAGAGACUUGGCACCCCGCGUCUUCAGUGCCCUCGCUGGAUGGGGACCUGAUGUGUUCAAGGCGGGCGGUGGAUGGUGGUGGGUCCCUGUCAUGGCCCCUUUGGUUGGUGGGGUCAUUGGUGCCCUGAUCUACAAAGUAUUUGUGGAGAUGCAUCACCCCUCCGUGGACAAGCGUGGACUUGGGUCUAAUAACAAGCCUGAGAGUGAGCCGCUGGACCAGCUGAAAAAAGCAGCUGCAGCUGAAAUGUGUGUGUAGACAGCUGUCGGACAUACACACCCUCAGGCAGUCAUGCUGAGACCAAAGUGGUUCUGGGGACCAUGAAGAGAAGACGCUGGACUUAGAAGGGCCAUGCUGACCACCGGCUGGACACCACUGGUAUGGACACCAGCUCUCAGUGAAGAUCAAAAGCAGCUAAGGCUGUGGUGCAUCUCCUCUAGCUCCUUCUCUUACACUCUAAUACGAUGGAGUACAAGAUCACUCCAGCUAACCAACAGCAUACAACAGACUGGAAGGACAAAGAGAUGACGUGUCGCGUCCCAUCUCAAGGCUGAUGGAGGCAAAGCCGAGGGAAAGAGGAAACACAACGAUGAAUCACAGGGCUGGUCAUUAUGUGAAGACACGACAACAUUUAGGCGCUAAAUGACCGUUGAAGAAGAAAGGGAGACGGGGCUAGUGAGUCGGAUAACUCGGAACACUGCACCCUCUUCACCUGUCUGGCCUCAAUUUAGAUGUGCGUACUAAAUGACCAGAAAAAAUGAUGUCACACUCUGAUUGGAAAUUGUCUGUAAAUCUUGUAUGCUCCUCGGUCAAAGAAGGAAGACAAAACAAUAAUUGCACAGAAUCUAGAAUCUAUAGAUGGUUGAGAACCACAUGUGAAAACAAACUAAGACUUGGCCAUAAUGUGUUUGAGGCAUAUUUUUUUAUCGUUAAUAACAUUUAAAUAAAUAAAUGACACUGGGGAUCUCACAUAAAUCAGGGGUAGUGAACAAACAUACCUGUGUUCACAGUUUAGUGGACAGACUGGGAAAACAGGGGCUAAGCGUGUGAAGCUAGUGUUAGCAAUAUGCCUAUUCAUCCAGUUAAGGUGUGUAAACAGGGACAUACACAUACAUACAUCAUCACUCAAGGUCAAAUCACCAUGAUUCUCAACCAUUAGACAUGACAUACCAACUUAUUUUAAAAUGAAGGCCUUCCAGUCAGUCGUUUUUAAACACAUUCCUUGCUCCUUGCAUAUCCAACUAGCUUAAAUGCUGUAUGCAUCACAUAUUCAGUGCUUUAUCCCUUAACAUGCUCUGGUCAUCGCUUUAGCGCACUGUGUCUCCCUGACCCCCCAUGUACUUUAGCGGGGCCCCCAGAACCCGUGGUGGAUGCCUGGAUGGGGGGCUUCUUUUUGGGGGCCGGCUGCUUGGCUUUUCCCUUGAAGGCUUUGGUCGGGUCCAGCUUGUUAAGCAGUGGCUCACCUGCAGAGUCCAGGUGAGGGUCUGAGUGGAAGGUCAGUGGUUGGUAGAGGGCAGCCCAUUGCUGGGGGGGGGGGGAUAAUGAGAGAAACAUAAAAGCAGAAAGGGUUCACUGGCACUGCUAACUCAGUUGUUAAAGUGUACUAUGGACUGGCAAAUGUGUAUUCUCUCUUAUAUGGCUUGGAACUGUGUAACAAACAAUGCUAGUGUUGAUUUGCACAUCAAGUCUAUUUUAAGUUUAUAUAAGUCUCAGCUAAGUUUGACAUUUGAACAAUGUUGGUACUGUAAAAAAUGUCCAGCUUGUAAAUAAAACAGACUUUUGUAAUGAG